AUGGCCCUGGCCCUCUGGCCGCGCGUCAGCCGUAUCCUCUGGCUCGCCUGCCUCCUGCCCUUGGCCCCGGCUGCGGUGGCUGCAGGCCGGUAUGAGCUCCACCUCACCACGGAUAGCCCUGCCACCACGGGCGUCGAGGUGACCGUCACGGCCAGCCUGGUGGCCAGUGACAAUGGCAGCCUGGUCCUGCCCACCAGCUUUCACUUCUACCGCUUCCAUUGGAUCCAUACCCCGCUGCUGCUCACGGGAAAGACUGAAGAGGCUUUCAGCUCAACCAUCCGCGCUGUGGGGAACACGCCCGGGGACUUCCCCGUCUCCGUCUGGGUCACCGCCGCCAACUGCUGGAUAUGCCAGCCUGUGGCAAGGAGCCUCCUCGUCCUCUCCAUCACAGAGUUCCUCAUGGGGAACCUCGUUGUCACGCAGAACACGUCCCUGCCCUGGCCCAACUAUCUCGCCAAGACAGCCCUUAAAAUCUCCUUCCUCCUCCAUGACCCGAGCAACUUCUUCAAGACCGCCUCCUUUCUCUACAGCUGGGACUUCGGAGAUGGCACCCAGAUGAUCACCGAAGACUCUGUGGUGUAUUACAACUAUUCGAUCACUGGCACCGUCACCGUGAAGCUCAGAGUGGUGGCGGAAUGGGAACGGGCCACGCCGGAUGCUGGGAAGGGUGUCGCGCAGAGGACGGGUGACUUUUCCACCUCGCUGAAGCUGCAGGAAACCCUUCGAGGCAUCCAGGUCUCGGGACCCACCCAACUUCAGAACUUCCAAAAGAUGACGGUGACCUUGAACUUCCUGGGGAGCCCUCCUCUGACCCUGUGCUGGCGUCUCAAGCCCGAAUGCCUCCCGCUGGAGGAAGGGGAGUGCCACCCGGUGUCAGUGGCCGGCACGGCUUACAACCUGACCUACGUCUUCAGAGAACCUGGAGACUAUUGCUUCAGCAUCCGGGCCGAGAACGUCAUCAGCAAGACGCAUCAGUACCACAGGAUCCAGGUGUGGCCCUCCAGCAUGCAGCCAGCUGUCUUCGCUUUCCCCUGCGCCACGCUCAUCACCAUGAUGCUGGCGUUGAUCAUGUACCUCACCCUGAGGCACGCCACUCACCAGAAGGACAUGGUGGAGGUGGCUGAUUUUGACUUUUCUCCCAUGUCUGACAAGAACCUGGAGCCCCCCACCGGGGUCAAGUGCUGCUGCCAGAUGUGCUGCCGGCCCUUCUUUCUGGAGACUCCCUCUGAGUACCUGGAGGUCGUCCGCGAGAGCCACGGGCUGCUGCCCCCUUUCUACAAGUCCGUCAAAACGUACACGGUGUGAACGGCGCCCCCGGCCCCGUCU